AUGUCAGCACAGGAAGGAGAACAGCGUCUGUUGACAGUUUUUGCCGAUGUGCAUUACUAUUUUAGCGCCCCUACGCCACGGCCAGCAGCCCAUCGGUUCGAUAAAGGAUCGUACCUUUACCUCUAUGGCAAUAAGAGCGGUAAUGGAGGCAGACUGGAGGUAGCCAACAAUGUUGGCAAGCCAGAACAGGAUGCUUUUACUGGCUCUAUGGAAUCAACAACUCUGCGCCAGUCGCACAAACAUCCUACCUUGUGUACCAUCGUAGUCGACGGCUACGGCAGUCAUCAUAACGGGACAGCAUCGCUUGUACAGCAACCGGAACAUCACUGGAGGCUCCCGAACACCGAUCCUCGCAACGAGGGGAAGUACCUUUUCCGACUUCACACUCUCGACAUCUAUUUCUGGACAGCGGAGGAUGCGAAUACGUUUGUUACAUUGGCCAGAAAGAAGCUCGAAGUCGACCAGAUCGAUAUUGUCGAUGUACCGCCCACCCCCGCGUCCCACGACCAAGUAAUGAGCCCUGUGGUACAGAAGCUCGAGAAUGUUGCAAUUCAGGACCCAGCUUACCGUAAUGGGCAAACGCGCAACUCAAGGACAGAGUCAGCAGGCGUAGUAACUCCGCUGAACAUAGGCACCUCCAGAGAGGAAAAUCGGGAAGGUACCCCAAAGGCGCAAAUCCCAACAGCGUUCCAGCCUCAAGAUACACCGAAAGCCCAGAUUCCAACGAUGUUUCAGCCACUCGCCUACAAUCCAGCUGCCCCUCCAGCGCCAGAGCCCAUCAAGCUUCGCGAAAAAACCCCACCACCCGUUGAUGCUGAAGCAGGCACAGGACUUGCGGCUGCUGCCUUGCGAGAUCAUACACAGGCAGCUUCUCCUCAAAGCUCGAUGUCUCGCCCUCAAUACGGUCAUCAAUCAUCUGGCCUGUUUAGUCCUCAACCAGCGCAAUCCCACACACCCUCUCUCGCUUCUCCACAUCCUUCCGCUGGCUAUGCGAACUCGCAAUCGUUGGCAAACUACAGAGCGUCAAGCGUGUCGUCACUCCCACCCCCUCCACCACAGAGCGGUAGGGGCUCUGUCAGCCCGUACACACCAACCCCUUCGUUUGCCGCACCUCCUCAAAGCCCAUCAAACUCCGCCUCAGUGCACUCUCAGCAAACUAUUCCAACAUUUAGUGCCCCUCCUCAAGACUCGAUGGCUCCAUUCUAUGGGAAAGAUAGCGCGCCUUUACAAUCUCCUGCCACCGAGAUUCUCGGAGACUCUUAUGUGGCCGGCAACCGGCAGCCUUUGCAGCAUCUGCACCCGCAAUACGCUGACUACACUCCACCUGGGCAUGAGCCACCAAUGGGCGGUUAUUCUAAUUACCAGUACAGCCAGCAGCAACAGCAACAGCAACAGCAGCAGCAGCAGCACCAUCACCACCAUCACAAUGAAGGUAAUGAAUACGAUGUUCAUAGUCAAGUGUACAGACCGACAGAAGAAGAGACUCAUGGGCGCAAGCCGUCAAAAUCGUCAAAACAGCCGCAAGGCAGACUCGAGCACGGUGUGGAAAAUGUUGACAAGAAGGUCAAUCGCUUCUUCAAAAAAUUGGAGAAGAAAAUAGGCUGA